AUGUCUAAGCCUCUUGGUAUGAUGAGUGGUGCCUACUUUGUAGGAAGAGGAGAACUACUCGCAUGGAUUAAUGAUUUGCUUAAAAUUAACUACACAAAAGUCGAAGACACUUCUAAUGGAGCAGCAUUUUGUCAAGUAAUUGAUGCUAUUCACCCAGGAACUGUAGCACUAGGUCGUGUUAAAUUCGACGCUUAUAGCCCAGAUGAUAUGACUUCUAACUAUAAAGUUUUGCAAGAUGCUUUUCACAAGAAUGAUAUUCAGCAAUACAUCGAUGUUGUUACGUUAGUUAAAGGAAAGUAUAUGGCUGCUUUGGAAUUGUUCCAAUGGAUCCAUGGCUACUACUUACAGACAGGCCCACACGAUGAAUAUGAUGCAGUCGCCAGGCGUAAGCAUUUCAAGUGCAAAGAGCCAACAGGUCAAGUUAAGAUAGGUCAAGCUAAUGCUGUUAAACCAGCAGGUAUGGCAAAAAGAACAAGACCAGUUGCUGGUGUUGCUCCAACAUGCAUAUUGAAUGAAGCAAAUGUUCCACAAAACUACGGAAACGGUGGAAACUUACCAGUUGGAGCUAUUCCUAAUGCAGCAUCUGCAAAUCUUCAUUCAGAACUUUAUCAAAAAUCAACAAAGAAACUUCCAGUUAAAGGCACAACAAAACCUGCAGCGGCAGCAGCUACAAAGAAGACUACAACAACUACAACCGCUGCUGCUCCAAAAUCUACAUCCACAGCAGGAAAUGCAGAAUUGAAGCAAAUGAAGUCACAAGUUAAUGAAAUGCGUGAAGAAAUAGAUCAACUUACACAAGAAAGAGAUUUCUACUAUGGAAAACUCAGAAGAAUUGAGGAAUUCUGCCAAGUUAAUGAAAGCGAUGAUAUGGUCAAGAAGAUUCUUGAAAUUAUGUAUGAAACUGAUGAAGAACAUGGAUUCGUCCAACCAGAUGCCAAUGGUGAGGAAGAAGAAUAA